AUGCCACCCAAAAGACAAUUAACCAGCAAAUCAACAAGAAGUACGAAAAAAAAAAUCAAUACUUCACAAACAGAACUGGAGGUAUCUCAACCUUUAAAUAAUUCGCAAGCAUCUAAAAAGCCACGAAAAUCACAUCAAGCAAAGGAAAAAGAAAAUAUAAAUCUGAAUAAUGAGGAAACACCUUUAAGAUCUCCAGUUACUUCAAAUCAACUGCAAGAUUUACAGUCUAAACAAUAUGCUGAACAGUAUUAUCAACCAAGUCGCACACCUUCUAUAGAACCAGAUUAUAUCAAAGAUCAUUCUAAUGAACAUAUGUCUGAUUAUGAAGACGAGUCUUUAGAAGAUAGAUUAUCGGAGGAUGAAAUUUUUUCUUCACUUAACCAGUACAAUUCGACCUCUUUAAAUAUUCAACAUGCAAGUUCUUAUACAAGAAUUCAACAAAAUGAAGUUUAUAUGAAAGUUCCAACUCCAUGUAAUGAACUUUCUUUUUAA